CAACGCUGCUGUGCCCAGUGUCCUGGACCACAACACUGUUAGUGUGAUCACAGACACCAACGAGGGUAGACGUAUUAACAUCCUUCUGUUACUUUCCCUCGUUUAGACCUCUACACUCGAGGUCAUCAUGGUGAAAGUAGUCGUAGAGUAUUGCGGUGGAUGAGGGUACGCCCCCCGCUAUGAGGAACUAGCCAGGAUGAUAAAGGCAAAAGUUCCUCAAGCAGAGGUGACUGGCUUUGUUGGCCGCCGAAGUUCUUUUGAAGUCAACAUCGAUGGUAAGAUGGUCUUCUCAAAGUUGGAACGCAGGGGCUUUCCCAAUUUUGAUGAGGUCGUUGAAAUUGCGGCGGCUGCAGAACGUGGUGACACUGUUGGCACUGUGAAGAAAACAUCAGCAGCUUGCACACUCUUGUAACUUAAUUUCAUUAAAGCUCCUGGAGCCUGCACAUGCAUAACUGAUAUAGUACAGCAUUUAAAGUUUUCAUCAAUAAAGUGUAAUUAAAUUUGUAUUCAGUUAUGCUAUAAGCUGAUAUAGUGGUAUAGACACCCCUAGUGGGUGAUAUGUAUACCUGGAGUGGGUUUCGGGGGUCAACACCCGUGGCCUGGUCUGUACGAGCAAGGUUCUUCCUUGCUAUACUAUACCACCAUAAUUAAAUUUGUUUUAUUUGUGCUAAGCUACCAGCAGUAGUUUAAUGGUGUGUUGAGAUGUUUGGAGUGUUCUGUGCAAUGAUACUGUUGAUGAAGGAAAUUGUUCAAACACAAUAGUGUGGCUGUUUCUGGAAGUGAUAUGUAUGGGUGCUCAUUACAUUACUCACCUCUAACACACCUUUAUAUUCAUUGUAUUCAAUUUUAAUGAGUUGUUAUACAUUGUAACAUUUGGUAAAGAUAAAUAUUUUU